AUGCCUGAUUUGAUUAUAUAUUUUUUCAGAAAAUUUGUCAAUUUUAACAGAACAAUGAAUUUCAACAUACUUAACUCCACAUUGUUGAGCAGUAUUUUACCUGAUACGUUUGUAGUAACUUCUUCUCAAACCAAUCGUUUACCGAGACAAGUGCGACAAGAUUCUAAUAAAAGUAAUAAUGAAGAUACUGAAUAUAAGCGAUAUAUAAAAGUAAUAUUGGAUUUGAAACCUGAUAACUAUGAAGAUAUGUAUGAUUAUUAUGAUGAUGGAAAAUAUAAUAACAAUCGAGAGAAAAAAAUCAAUAGUUUAAUUAACGAAUUAAAUUUAUAUAGGGAAAUAGAACAAAAUUCUAAACCAAUAACAAUGAAUUUAAAUGAAUCACAGGAAAGAAAAAGAUGUACUAAGAAAAUAUCACAAAAUUUAGGUUCUAUAAAUCAUCAGCAAUCUCAAAAACUUCGCUUAACUAAUAUUGAGGACGGAAUAGAACCAACACUUAGGUGUACAGAUUGUGAACUUUUAAAAUCAAAUAUAAAUUCAAGAGAACCCAAAAAUAAUUAUAAUAGUAAUUUACAAUUAGAAAAAAUGGAUGAUGAUUACUUUAUAAAAGUUUUAAAUCAAUUAAUUGAUAAAAUAAAUAAGCCAAAAAAUGUAAAAUCCAAUUUAUUUGAAAACCUACCAAUACAGACAAGUACAGAAAAAAUUAUAUUAGACAAUAGUUCAUUUAUAAAUCAAAAUACAAAUGGUUCAUCUGAAGAAGAAAUGAUAGUUAAAUUUGAAAAAAUAAAAGGAAAUCGAAUAGUAAAUAAACUCAAAUCUAGCCCCGAAAAUAUUUUUAUAAAUGGUAAUUGGGUAAGAAAUAAAAUAAUAGAAAAUAAAGUUAGUGAUAGUAAACCAUUAAUAAAUGAUCGCAGGAAUGAGUUAAAUGAUAAAAAUGAAUCAAUUUCAAACAAUGACAUGAAACAAUUAAAUUUAAAAGAUUCCAAAAACCAAGUUAUUGAGUCUAAUGAAAAUAUUUCUAAUAAAUUUAAGGAUUUAUCAGUAGGUCCAGAAGAAAAUAAAUACAUUUCAACAUCACCACUUACGGAAGAAAAUAAACAUAUUUUAUUCUCUAGAGCGACUAUUAUGCCUUUUGUUGUAUCAUCUACAUCAAAAUAUAAAUCUGAUUCUAGUAUACCUGAUGAUAGUUAUAAAUUAAAAAUUACAACUAAUGAGUAUACAGACCAAUUUAAUAAGGAAGAAAAUGUUUCGAGUCACGAAGAAAAUAAUCAAAGUCAAUAUGAACCAACAAUUAAUAAUUCUUCAACAACAGUGUCAAUAUUUGAAUCAAAUGAAGAACUAACAUCAGAUUUAAAUGAAGCAUCAAAAAUAAAGAACCCAGGAACCGUAGAGUCUAAUGAUAAUAUUCCAAAAACGAAUUUUUCGAACGAAGAAACAAUUGUAGAAAAUUCAAAUUUAGACGAAAAAGAAAAUAAAUCACUGGAUGAUAAUAUGAAUUGUUCAUGCAACAAAAAAAUAAUCAAGAAUAUUUUAAGUUCUACAAUGGUGACAAAUAUCACUGAAAUAAAAACUGAUCGGAUUACAUCACCUAACAAUUUAAAAAUGAAUAGUCAUAAACGUUCAAAUCAAUUACUAAAAAAAAAUAGCGAAAAAAAUAAGGCUAAAAAUAUUAAAAAUGAAGAAAAUUUAAUAAAAAAUAAAAAUGAUAUGAGUUCUGAUUUUUUAGGGAAGAAACAAGUACCCUAUGAAAGUAGAAGUAAUAAUAAUUUUAAAGAAACAAAUGUAAACAUGUUACAAGGAUCAAUAUUAAAUAUUGAUGGUGAUAAGUCUCAAAGUACAAAUGAUAAUAAAAAAAAUAGAAAUAUGGAAAUUGAUUUAAAAAAUUCUUCAUUUAAAUCUAUAAUUCCGGAAUUAAAACUAAAGGGUCAAAGAAAAAGAAAUAACGAUGAAAAUACUCACAAGGUAGAAGAAAUUAAUAAUAAAAGAAUGCCUUUAACCUCUAAAACAUUACCGCAGAAGAAUACGAUGCAAUUUAUAUCAAAAAUAAAACGUUUACCACAAAAUGAUGGCACUUUAGUAAGAAAUAAUAACAAAGAAAAUAAUAGUAUUGAUAAAAUUACACAUAAUAAUAACAUUUUUAAAAAGAGUUCUGGUCAAAUGUUAAAUAAAAUUAUUAGUCAAACUCCACUUCAAACUAUAUCAAGUAAACAAAUCGAAAAUAUUACAAAGUCUCCAAAAAAACUCAUUGAAAAAAUUAAACAUAAUAUUCCAAUAAAUUCGAAAAUACAUACAGUAAGUAAUUUUGGUGAUUAUAAUAAAACUUAUUAUACUACUUCAGCUAGAAAAAUAUUUACUCAUCCCAAGAUUUUUUCACAGGCACCGUUAAAAAUUACCAACAAGUAUUCACCUCAGUCAACACCAAGAAAUCUGGAAAAACUAAUAACAAAUGAUGACCUUAAUGCAACAAAAAAUAGUCCAAGAAAAUUUGUUACAGAAUCGGAUAAAAAUACUUCAUACAAUCCAAAUAAUCGUAUUUUUAAAAAUCUCAAAGAAAAUAAUAAUAAAAAUAUAAUGUCUCAAAAAAAUAGUAUGAAUGCUAAUAAUUUAGACCCUAUUCAAUUAAAAAGACCACCGAGCUUAGUCAAAACUAUUGAAAGUACUAAAAUUCAAAUGACACCCAAAAAUAAAAUUAUAGAUAUUUAUCCAAUAAAAAUACCUACAUAUGUUAAAAGUAAUGAUACAAGUUCAAUUAUAAAUAAACAUAUUUUAAAAUCAAAAAUAUCCAAACCGAAUCUAUCGAUUCAAAGUCCAAAAACAUUCAGUUCUUCAGUCACAACAGAGCAGAUGAAAAAUAACGAAAAUAUUCCACUAUUAAAAUUAAAUAAAAUAUUAAAUAACGCAAAAACAAAACCAAGUUCAGAACCAUUAUUUUUAGAAAAAAUAGAUAGAACCAGAUACAAUCUAUCCAACAAACCACUUACUUUAACUUUAAAAAAUAAAAACAUUCUUAACGACCAAUCUCCUGCAGAGCAGGUUUUUAUUAAAAAAACUGAUACAAAACAAAAUUUAAAAUUAAAGUAUGAAGAUGAUGAUUCAAAUGCUGCAUUGAAAUCUUAUUCUCCAAAACAAUCUCAAUUAGGAGACCAGUACGAUCAUGAACAUGCACCAUAUACAAAUGAGGAUCUAGAGCCAAUUUUAUUUGAUGAAUUAAUGAAAAAAGCUAACACGUCAAAUAAAAACUCUCAAUUUCUUACACAUUCUCCAAACAGCGGACAAUUUUUAAAUGGAAAUCAAAGAUAUCAAGAAUUAGACGUAAAAUUAUUGCAAUCAGUGCCAAUAAACCAAUUAAAAUAUGACAAAAACUAUGAUACCCAGAGAAAAAAUAAAUUUGAAGUUAAUGACAAAAAACAUAAAAAUCCACCAGAUUUGAAUGAAUCAAACAAUUUUUCUAUUAAUACCGUUUCGUUAGACAAUGAUGAAAGUAGUCCCAAUAACGAAUAUUUAAAUCCGAAUAGAUUUGGAGUACUUUCGCAAGUGAAAAUAGCCGAUGGCGUGUUUAAGAUACCUUUAGUAAGUCAAACAAGUGUUGAUAAUAACGGUUCCGAGUAUGUGUCCGAAAUUUUCAUACCAAUUGAAAAACCCGAUGGCAAGCACUCAGCUAUAUCUCUUACAAAGUUAUUAACUGGUGAUUUUAAAUUAUUAAAUGAGCUCGGGGUAGAACGUCUUUCAGUUAUAAAGUCUAAAUCUGAAAUGGAUUCAACAUUGAGUUCAACGCGCACUUCAACGGACUGUGAGAGUAAAGAUCUGGUUAAUCCGAAUCCGUUGAAGAUUCUACAAGCGAAACAGGAAGACGAAAAAUCUGUACCCAUACAUAUAAUUCAAAUAAUUAACAAUGGUCAGUGUUCUUACAAGCAUAAUGGUACUGAUACUAUUAAAAAAUGUGAACAUGACGACGAUGAACAUAAAUUUCAUAAAUUCCAAAAUGAAGGUAGAAGAUUAUCAUCUGUAAAAUCUCAAAAUACGCCUAAUAAUAAUAAACAGAUACAACGAAAAAUUGAAAAAGCAUACAAUCAUUUCGAUUCGGAAAUUCUAGAUAGGUUUUUACAAGUAUACUCUCCACACAAAACUUAAUACAUGGAAAUUGUUAUAAUAUAAAAAAUUAUAAAUUAUACAGAUCAGGAAAAAUAAAAUUACAAUAUGUACUGAUUGCUUGAUUUUAUGAAUAAUAUAAUCAUCUACCUAUCACUUAAAAAUAUGUAUAUGACCACUGCA